UUGCCUGUGGGUUAGAGCAAGAAAGAUGUAACGUGCGCUAGACAGAGAGCGAAGACCCGUACCGUUCGUUUUAGCAGUCGCCAGGCUCGGCCAGAAGUGUAGCGUAGCAGCAACAGCAACAACAACAGCAGAAAAGUAGAAGCACCGAGACGUUUUGAUCUGGCAGCACUGAUAGCAAAACCACACCACACCAGUAUCAUUGCUGUCUCGCGCGGUGUGAAGGCGAAUUUUUCGCUGCCUGUUCACAGUGCUCGGCUCUUCUCAUGUCCCUAAAAUAGAAAUUUCAAUAUGUGAUGUAUAUUAGUAUUUAAAAAAACGGUAAAGUAAAAAAAACGAAUAAAAAAAAGUUGAUUUCAUAUAUAGGAUAAAAGUGCGACAAACUAAUAUUACACGGUGUUUUCAAGAGUAGAAACUGCGGUACAGUCUGCAAAUCGAACGAGAGUGAACAUUGCAAGAAGGGAAGAUUUAGUGACGCAAGUGAAAAACAUACGAAGAAAACGGAAGUUGCACACUUGACAGCAACCAAUAUUCAGUGCUAGUGUUUUCUGCUUGAAUCCUGCAGUCCAUUGAAAGAUCCUUUUUGCCAAGAGUGCGCGAAUGUAAACAGUGGCCGAAGUCAAAAGUGGUUAUUUUCUCAUAAAGGCACAUACACACAAAAGCAUUCGCACCGUUGCAUAAUUGAAUGAAUACGAGGGGCAAUAAAUCUGGUGUUCUUGUCUCGUCAUUGCCCAGUGUGUAGAUGCACAAACAUCACUCUCAAGUAGUUUGCUGAUAAAAACAAAAACAACAUUAAAAAUAGGCGAGAAACACUCGGUCGUGGAAAAAAAAAAGUGUGAAACACUAUCCCAGUGCGACACUAUCGUAGCCAUAGUAGAAGAAGAAAUCGGUGGUGGUGGAGCUUAGGAUAAGAGUUUUAUGCGAACGACACACAUCUACAGUCACGCUUACCCAUACAUCGCACUUUCAAUAACUCGUCAAACUCGAGCAAAAUAAAAGGAAUGCAAUAGUUUCUUCGUACACGCAAACAGAGUAAACACAUUCAGAAUAUAGCAAAUAACGGAAAAUGCAAAACUUCAUCUCUAGUAUCGAAAAUCAUACAAAGAAUUUAGACGUAUUAAUGAUCCUUAUUAUUAAGAAAACCGAUAAAAACAUCAUCAGUACAGUUACUACAACUGUUACAGCUAAAUCUACUAUUACUCCUACUAUUUCUUCAACUAUUACAACUACUACUCAAGAAAACACGAACAAGUCUGAAUACGCUUUUAAGAAAUCACUUAAUAGUCUGCUAAGUUCAAACGAAGAGGGGACAAAUUCAAAGCAAGAGUCAUCACUGAAACCGAGCAAGGCCUACCAGCUGCGCCGCCUAUCGAUUCAACCAGAACAAAAACCGCUGUUACUACAAUCGAUCGAUGAGUCUGAACAACAAUCAGGGAUUGUAUCCGAUAUUAUACUAAUUGUUAAUGAUAAUUCAAUUAUUCGUAACAGUGCCGCAAAAUCCAAUAUCGAUUGCAACACGUUUGUGACGAUUGAAGAAGGGCAGCAGCAUUUGGUUCGGUCUCUGGCGAAACAAUAUUAUGCUCUGAGUGAACAACGGCCACAAGAAGCAGCAGGUGGCUACAAUACUGAAGUGAACGUGAGAGACGGGAAUUCGACACAUUUCAAUCAUCUGAUCAGAAGCAUGAUGAAUGAUAAUGACACUGUGAAUAUGAUAUGUGAUUUAAUUGAUUACCUGAUAACAGUAAAUACUAAUCAUAGUAUAGUGAUUGAUGGAUGUAGUAGCUUGAUCUGUAAUGACCAAAACUUAGCUUCUAAGGAUAACAAUGAUAAAGCCAUGGCAGACAAUGCAAACGAUGCUAAUACUUCCGAACAAGCCAAACGAACCUCGAAACUAGUAUCAACGUACGUUAAGUUUGAUGAUCUACUGCGUAUGACAAAAUGGGAGAAGACUGUAAACAAAGCUGGUUUGAAACCGCGCAUGAGAUUGUGCGGUGGAGGAGAAGAUUCGAUCAACAACGGUACCAGUGCUUGGGGUGCAGCCGGUACUAGCAAUCCAGGCAGCUCUUGGGGAACGAUGAAUCCUCAGCAACCGGGUGCUUGGGGUAAUAACCCACAAGCCGGAUCUGCCGCUUCCGGUAGCGGUGCAAAUUUGAAACAACAGCCACAACAACAACCGCAACAACCAGGGGCUGCUGGAGCAACAAGCGCACCAAGUGGAGUUCCCGUAGCAGAGAACGCUGAACCCAAUGCAUGGGCAGGAGGCAAUCCAGUGAAUCCCAACAGUAACAGUGCACAAAAUCAAGCAGCAAGUGCUGCUAAUACUGCGCCAAACAACAGCAAUAGUGCCAACUCGAUUCAACCACAGCAACAACCAUCUCAAGCACAACCGGGGGAAACAUCAGCGGUGCAACCGAAUCCGAAAUUGGAACGCCUGAAUACCAUGAUCGAAGCACUUCAUGCGAUAGAUGGAUGGGGCUCUGAGAACGUUAACCAAGACUCCCGAUGGGAUAUACCAGCCUCGCCGGAGCCAGGAUCAAAACCCGAUCCGAACAGUGCCGUGACUGGUCCUCAUGCUGGAAUUCCGAUGUGGAAGACCAACACCGGUACGGAAAUUUGGGAAGCAAAUCUUCGUAACGGAGGACAGAUGCCUCAACAAACACCGGUCCAAAAGACACCUUGGGGACCUUCUACUAAUAUCGGAGGAACAUGGGGAGAGGAUGAUGAUGCUAAUGAACCUGGCAGUGUUUGGAAUGGAGCUGCCAGCAUAAAUCAACCUGCAGCUACUUCGCAAGGAGGACAAUCCCAGCAGCCACCGUGGAAUGCAGGAAAUAUGUGGGGUCCAGGGGGAAACAACGCUCCCAGUACUAUCAAAAAGGAUAAUGAAUGGGGAGGUGCCGCAGGUCCAGCUGCUGGUGGAUGGGAUCAAAGAAACCCUCCUCCGUUGAGUGCGCCAGGUGGCACUACCGGAAUGGAUCCGACCAAUGUUGAUUUGCGAAACAUGCGCAUUGCUGGUGCAAUGGACAGCAACAGAGAAAUUCGUGGAGAUCCUCGUGGUAUCUCGGGUCGAUUGAAUGGCAAUGUUAAUCUGUGGGAGCAACAUCAACUUCCUGGUAUGGCUCCAAACAAGAUUCCUCAAGCGACCACCCCAAGCACCCCGGCACCUGGUCCUCAGUGGCCAACCAAUCAACUUCCCGCACAUAACAAAAUGCAAUCCGGUUGGGAAGAUUCUUCCACACCCGGAGUGCGUCGAAAUGCCGACGAUGGAACUGCCCUUUGGGGACAAGGAACUCUUAGCCGACAGAACUCCAACGUUUCCAACUGGAAGGAUGGUCCGGAAGGUCUCCAGCGCAAUUCCGCACAGAGAAACUCUAUCGUUUCCGGAAACCUACCGGGUCCAGCUGGUAAUCGUCUUGGAAAUCCUGGCCCUAUCAAACCAGAUCUGUGGAAUCAAAACAAUGUUGGCGGUCGUGGUGGUAGUGGUUGGGAGGAAUCGGCUGGCAAUAAUUGGGAUGAUAAAAACACUGGCUCUUUGUGGAACGACAAUGCACAGGCUGGAGGCUGGAACAAAACCAAACAAAUGGGAUCCAAUUGGAAUGAUGCCGGUGCAGAUAUGAACUCCGAUUGGGGAAUGCAUAAUAAUGGUAUGAACAAACCACCUAACAAAAUAAACCCAUUGGAGAUCAUUAGAAGUAGCAAACACUACCGAAUGUUGUGCGAAAUGGGUUUCAAAAAAGAGGAAGUGGAAACAGUUCUUCGUAUUUGUAACAUGAAUCUCGAAGAAUCCAUCGAAAUGUUGCAGAGGAAUGGUUCUUCAACUGACUGGCGACGGCAAGAAGAUCAUGGGCCUGGCUUUGGCGGUCAAUUUGGAGAUAGAUUCUCAGCUGCUGGAAAUUCAGCAAUGCCGUUUCCUCAAAACAACCAGAAUCUGCUCAGUGGCUUUGGGGGAAAUCCAAAUAUCAACUCGUUCAAUAAUAUGAAGUUCGGGGCUGGUCACGGUGGUCCCAAUGGAGCUACAAAUGGUCCAUUCGGACAGCCACCAUCAGCUAUCAAUCAAAAUGCACAAUCUCAACCCUCGACCCAACAGCUCCGUAUGCUAGUCCAGCAGAUUCAAAUGGCUGUUCAACAUGGAUACUUAAACCAUCAAAUUCUUAAUCAGCCGUUGGCACCACAAACUCUAUUAUUGUUGAACCAAAUGUUGAAUCAUAUCAAGCAAUUACAAGUCAUGCAAAGCAAUCUGAACCGAAGUGGUGGCGGCGGUGCUAAUGCCGUACAAAUAUCUCUUGCAAUUAAUAAGCUCAAGUCGCAAAUUGGUAAUCUGCAAAGUCAGAUAACCGCCCAGCAAACGAUCUACGUGAAACAGCAACAACAGCAAAGCAAUCCGAACGCAGUGCCCGGCAGUGGUCAUCCUGGAAAUGAUUUGUUCCGAACACCGAAUGAUCUAUCCGGGUUACCAGGCAACUUCACCGAUAUGUCUUUGAAAGACAACGGAAAUCCGUUCCCAUCGUCGACUGGAAGCACUAGUCAGCAAUCUCGAUUGAACCAAUGGAAGCUUCCAGCGACACCGGCAGCUGAUAAGGACACAGAUCUCACCGAUUUCCAACGAGCCCCUGGAACAAGUUCAAAACCUACAGGACUGGGCGUGAUGGACGAUGGCACUUGGUCCAAUGGUCGGUCCACCACGGGUGAUGGCUGGCCUGAUGCCAAUGCUCAUGAUCACAAAGAUUGGGCCGCUAAUACAGAUGCAUUCACUGAUUUGGUUCCAGAAUUUGAACCGGGUAAACCAUGGAAGGGUACUCAAACGACUCGUAUUGAGGAUGAUCCUUCCAUUACACCGGGAAGUGUGGCACGUUCUCCACUCUCCAUUGGCGCUGCCAAAGAAUCGAAUUUAUUUGCCAAUAGCAAUAGUACCAAUAAUAUAAACAAUAACACUAACAAUAGUAAAUCCUCGCCGACUGAAUCUAUUUCGUCCUCAACCUGGAGCUAUAACAACGCACAUAGUGGUUUUGGUGGUUCGAAACUGUCGAAAAAUCCAUGGCCUGAUAGCAUUGUUCCUCCUGCUGACCUGUGGGAUAACCCACUCAGCAAGGGUCGGAUAGCUCCUCCUGGUCUGAAGACGGGCGGAGGUAAGCUGGAUUCAAACGGGUGGUCCUCGCAUGCAGCUGGUAGUGGUCCGGGUGUAGCGGGUUGGAACAGUGGUCCUGCCACAUGGACUUCGACUUGGAUUUUACUGAAAAAUCUUACAGCUCAGAUCGAUGGUUCAACGCUACGCACUCUAUGCAUGCAGCAUGGUCCAUUGCUGGCCUUCCACGUCUAUCUCAAUCAUGGCAUUGCUCUGUGUAAAUACUCGUCACGUGAGGAAGCAAAUAAGGCCCAGUUGGCGCUAAACAAUUGCAUGCUCGGCAGUGCUACAAUCUGCGCCGAGACGCCAACCGAAAGUGACGUACAGAACAUUCUGCAACAUCUGGGACCACCCAGCGGAUCGAAUGGGCUUACCGGCGGUCAAUCCGGUGGACAAAACUGGCGUCUGGGAGCUGCUGCUCAGUCGCAAACCGUACGCACUCCAGCCGCUGACACCUGGGGUUCUGCAUGGCCCAGCAGUGGCGCUGGAUCGAAUCUGUGGGGCCCAUUGGAAGCGCCGUCCGACCGAGCUACACCCGCCAAUUUGAACUCCUUUCUACCCGAGAGUUUGCUUGGUACUGAUCUAAACUAAGCCGAACGGAAAAGAUAGAAAUGAUGCACACUUGAACACGAGCAUUAGUUAGUUAAGUGAGGAAAGUGAGCACAGAAUUGUAGGAUAGAACGAAUUUUGUUGGACAUCAAUGAACGACGGUAGCUGAAGGCCUGGGUUUAUAAAUGAAGUGUCUUUUCACAGUCAGCGGUUUCGCCUGGCGUAGUAUUAAGGUGUUGUGAAUGUUUUUAUCAUUUUUAAAUAAAAGCGAUAUACAAUUAAUAUAUAUUUGAAAAACAAAAAAAAAAACAAAUAUGAGAAAAACAGAAAACAAAGCUGAAAAAACAACACGAACACACAAAACACUUCAAGUCAAAGAAAUGUCUAGUUAUAUGUUUCACAUGUUAAGUUUUACAAUUGUAAAUUAAUUUCAUGAGUGAGAGGUUUUGAACCCUCCGAAAACACAAAGCAUACAAAUCCUAUUACAUUUAGGUUGCUCUUUAGAUAUAAGGCAGAGGCAGAUUCUGCUCCUUUUCGAUCUUGUGUACUAGCAGCAGCAUUCGUUUCCACCGUUUUGUACAAAGAAAAACAAAAAAAUAACGGAUCAUGAAAUGGUGAGACACGCGCAUACUAAUUUCAUUCAAAAGUCACACAGAAUUAUGCACAUUUUGUAGGUGAAAGCAAUUUAUAAGAAAAUCAAAUGUGGUAUUAGAGAAUAGAUUGACAUAAGCAGCAAGUCUGUAAAAAAAAAAAAAAAAAAAAAAAACUACUGAUGCUAAGAAAGACAAAGAAAAUAUCUUUUGCUACUUUACUAGGCAACAUGUGUGAGAAGACAAUUAACACACAAAAAAGAACCUGUUGUAACUAUACUAAAUGAUAGGACCUUAUUCGGUUUGUUCGAACCUGAAAACGCUUCUCAACGAACGCCAUUUAAAACAAAAGCUUUCAAAUUUAAGAGUAUUGUUAACGGUAACGUUACGCGCUAGUACUGCUAUUAUUAUUAUUAUUAUUUCGAUAAGUUUUUGAUAGAGACAAGACAAUGAUCAUAUUUAAGCUAAGGAAAUCCUCAAAGACAAGGAAAAGCAAGGAAGCAUAGCGCGGAAAAAAAUCGACACAUUUUCCUCAUUUUAUUAUUAUUUUUAACAAUGUGUAGAAAAUUAUUGGUUGUAUUAUUUAUUGAAAUAUGUAUUUUUUAUUUUCGUUUUAAGAAUGUUAUCUCUGUAAAGAUCAGGUUAUCUGAACAUACUAUUUUUUCCAAUGACAUAAAACCAGUUGUACAAUGCGAACAUUAUUGAUGAAAUCAAAGUGAUAACGUUCCACUACUUCAAACACUCGCCCCGAACCAACGAUUGUCUUAUUCUCAGCGUCCAUUGAUUGUAGUCCGUCAAUUGGUUGGUAAUGUGUGGCGCUAAACAAAUCAAAAACAGCAAUUUUGUAUGUGUAUUGAAAUUAUGUGGUAAGUGGCAAAAAUCAAAUGCAUAAAAUUAAAUUUGUUACUGAUAUUAGACAGGGUGCUUACAUACGUACGUCGUACAAGCGAGUGCAUGCAGCACCUCUAAUCUGAAGAAAUACAAGAUUUCUUUUUUUUUUUGUAGUUGAUAAAUGUUAUUUGCUGAUAACGUCGGCAGAAAUACUUUAAUCUUAUCAAAGCUUCCUCUGACCGGUAAACCAUUACCGGUAGGAGAAUGAGAAAGCUGAUGUUGUGUUAGCAUCACGCGACUCAUUAAAUGGAUUUUGGCAUAGUAAUAGACGUGAAGGGCACUGCUCACUGAUGACGAACUGGCAAUCACAACCCCGGGAAGGGGACUCUCAACCAUGGUUCUUGUCAACUGCUCAAUUAACUGUGUGGAUAUACUUCCCAAUGUAGGUUAUUUACGUUGUUUUCUUGAACUGACUUUGAUCGUACAAAACUCUGUUAAAUUUAAAUAAUCUUAAAGUACUAUUUUCCGCCACAAAAAUAUGUUUCGGUUUCAACAUCUACAGCGAAAACAUUUAAAACAUUCUUUUUGACAGUGCACUGUUUGGUGAUCGACUAUUUUAAGUUUGAUUUUGAUUACUGUUUACGCCAAUAGAAGCUCGAAACUGCCAUUUUAACCUGUAAUCAAGAAUGAAACUACUUGCAAUAGUUGAACUACUCUUAGCUCUAAAUGGAUUGUGAAGACCUAGUCUUCGUAAGUAAUGGAAAAAUAUUGCAACAAAAUUGCAGUACUAAAUUGUGAUACCUUCAUUGAUUAAGACGUAAAAUUAAAACAAAAAAAGCUUCAAUUCCUAUCUUCCAUUGUUUUACCAAAUCUUGCAACCUGAAAACGCUUUAUAGUUUAUUGUUCGAGUUAUUAUUUAAACCUUGAACCUAUGAUGUGCCAAAAAUGUGAACUGUGUCCAAAUACUACCGUGCUACUUACGAGUAACCUGAGUUUUGAGUUCCAUCAUCGUCCGGCCGUGUGCUGGAUUUCCGUUCGGUUGAGCAGUGCCUCUAGCUUGCCAUUUAGAAUGUAUUCCAAAUGAUAACAAUUUAACAUUUCAAACGAGGAAACACAUUAAAACUGAAACAAUGAUUACCCUUAAAACUUAGCCUCUGUAAACAUUAAGUUUAAGUAUUAGCCUCAAAUAAGGAUGCAUAACAAAAACAAAUUCAGAUUGUCGAAACCGGGGUCUCUGUACGAUUGUCGAAACCGGGGUUUCUGUACGAUUGAGUUGACUGUCUUGUGAUACUAACUAAAAAAAAUAAUAAGAAAACUAGGUUUGAAACCAUACUCCAAAGUUAAUUUUCCGUAAUCUAUUGUAAUACUGAAUUUGAAGCAACUUGCUUUCGUUUCUGCGAAUAGGAGAGUACAGAAAAAUAGGAUACUAAAGCAAACUGCACAUUUCCUAUUCAUAGGAGAACCUUAACCGCAAUGGAGAUCGCUUGUCAUAGGCUUAAGAAUAAUUACGCUCUUUCCAGUGUGUCGCUUACGAUUUGAUUCAAUUGUUCUCUAGUUUAGGUUGUGUACCGCUCCAUUCUUCCAAGUCAGCACAUCAAUAUGCUAGUUUUGAUUGUUGUUUUGCUCACAAUUUAAUGUUAUUAUUUUCUCCUACUUGUGUAAGAAUCAAAACACUCAGAUAUACCAGUUCACGAAAAAUAUAGCUUUAAGAGAUCACUACAAAAUGGAAACCUUAUACAUAUAGGAUGCAUCAGUAGACUUUAAGAAGAAGGGAGCCAAUCGUGUGCUAAACUUAGAUAUAAUAAAAUUUAUUCCGGCUCUUUUUUUCUCUCCAGAAGGGAAAAUUAACUACACAGAGAAGAUCCGUGGUGUACCGUAAUGUGUACUUUGGAACCAUGUGCAACUUAUUUCAGUUUAUUCAAUAAGUUUUCUCCCACUUCUGUGGUAGUAGCGCUUUCAUUUCGCGUCCGUUUCGUGAGGAUGCUAUUUUUCUGCAUACAAUGAGUGGCACAAUUGGGAAAUGUCCACUCCUGUCCUAUGGACAAAAAGAAUUCAGAUUCAUAACAAUUAAUGUAGAAACGAAGAAUACGCGCGUCUUUUUAGCUGCUGGUUUCCGUAUGAUGGUUGAACAAGGAUCCAAAAUAGUCUUCCGCUUUGACACACACACACAUGGCUUCUUGUUUUAAAAAUAGUGUAUAAUAAAUUGAAAUAGUUUUUCUCGUUUUUUGAACAUUUACAAUAACCGGCCCUUCACCUUGCCUUGCGAAGCAAUGAAUUGGUAGGUUUAGUCAGAGUGAACGGCAACAACAUUUUUUUGGCCUUAGGAUGACUUUCACUCAGAAGUGAACAAAUUCAUAUCGUUAACGAUUUCAAUUUCAAACAAGUGCUUAUUAUAGCUUAUCAAUACCAAAAUGCACUAAAUGAAGCGAAUUCAUGUUUUUCAUUAAAUAUUACUAAAAUAUUUUCUACUAUGUAUGCGAUACUUGAAGUCCACCGGCUCUGAAAACAAUAAUGUUUAUUUACUUUGCUCAUUUGAUACCCCGCUUGACAGUUCGAUUGGUAUUUCUGACUUCACUCUUUGUGGGACUCUGGGCUUAGUAGCUCUCAAUUAUGUACAAAGAAAACCAUGGGAGCAGGCAUACGUUUUAGUUUUCGAACGUCAUCGGUCAAAAUGAAGAUGAAUAAUCCUCAAAAACCAUGCCUCUUAAAACCAUACACUCUAACUUCGAGCCCAGAUAAUACCGGAAAGGCCGUCGAUUCCGCAGUCCUGGAAACAAUAAACGAAAAUGAAAUCAAAAGCGAUCAACUACUGUCAAAGCGAUCUUCCUUUCUCGUUUGAUUCCUAUCAGAAUGUUAAAGAUCACUAGAGAUAUAGCCCGCGUUGUUUUCAUCAAAUCCAAAGUUGAAUGGGCGAACCUUUUUUGACCCGUACAUCCGAACUGGGAUGGUGGAAUUCUGGGAGUUGAAGUUAGCUGGUUUUGUAGAUGAUAUCGUAAUUAUAGUUGAAGAGAAAUACGAUAGCAUGAUAAUGUUAUACUGGGUUCCUAAAUUUGGAAGGAUCCGACUUUAUGAGCUUUAUCACCUCACACACCGCGCAGAAUAUGCCUAAUAAACUCGAUAAUCACACCAUCGUCCACCACCGACCUGCCAUGGUUAGCUGUGGAGCGAUGAUGAAUACCCGUUGACCCCGGAGGAACAGUGACUGCCACGAGGCUCGGGUUUACAUGCUUCUACCUCCCGGUAACAUCGACGUCGCACUUUCUCAGCUCCAUUUGAUCGGUACUCUUCGGUUUGUUCCAAAUUCUUCUUGAACACUCCGUCGAUGAUCAUAAAAGUGAAGAUCACAUAGAGCAGCAGCCUGACCAUUCAGAUCCGCCUUCAUCUGCU